AUGAAGGUUUCAACCAUCCUCACGGCAGCCUUUGCGAGCGCUGCAUCUGCCGCUCAGUAUGGCAUUUAUGCAGUCGGCUCAGAGGCUUCGGUUGUACUGUUCCCUAAUGAUCCCACGGUGAAAGUGCAUCAAUGGGCAGGGGAGAGCAAAUGGAGAGGAGACUUGGGGAAUCCAAGUACUACCUUCCAGAGCAUUCCGAGUGAUAAUUAUAUCUCUUGUGUCGGGAAUGUGUGUGAGGCCACUAAGUUGCCUACAUCCUUUAUCGUGGAACUACACGGGGAACCUAACCCCGAAUUUGACACCUGGGCCCACAACUAUACCAUCCGAGAGGAAGGGACGAAUCUCGUCUGGACUAUUGUUGGUGAUCAUCUUGAAUGUUCCGAACCUGUUGUUAGCGACAACCAGCUGUUUAGAUUCAGCGAGAGUUGA